GCAUGAAGGUCUUUCAAUAUCAAUUUGUUAGAAAUUAUAUUUCAUAAAAAUUGUCUAAAAAUAAAACAUUACAAAUAAAUUAUACAUAAUAUGCCAUAAAUUUAAAGAGAUCCAAUCAAAUUAAUAUUGAUUACUGUAAUGUAUGAUAAUAAUAUACUCUUGUUAUGGAUUAUAUCAAUCUUUUAACAAAACAUGAAAUAUUUUGCCAUAAAAUAUGACGAAGUGUACAUAAAUUUAUAAAAUAAUCUUUACUGUUCGCGAUAUAUGAAAAUUAGCUUAUAGCAAUAAAGACUAAACGUUUAAGAAUAUGCUUAUUCAUUGCUUUUUGAUAGAUAUAAAUAAAAGAGUUCUGUUUAAAUAUGUAAAACAAUUUAUGUUAUCACUACCUGCAACGGCAAAUCUAGCUACAAAGACUAAAACACAUUAUGAGAUGUUGGGAUUGCAACCAACUGCAACUUAUAAUGAAAUAAAGUCUGCAUAUUAUGAAUUGGCAUUAAAAUAUCAUCCUGACAAGAAUAAAAGUGAAUCUGCAAAAAAAAUGUUUUAUGAUAUUUCAAAUGCAUAUGAUGUACUUAGUAAAUAUGAAACACGCAAAAAAUAUGAUAGAACUCAGCUAAUUAAUCAGGAUUUGCAGAGUUUGAACAAUAAAAGUUAUGAGAGGUUUAAACCAAAAGACAUCGAACAAUAUAAAAAUCAAUCUAAGAAUAUAUUUAAUUUUGAUGAGUGGAUACAACAACACUAUAGUUGUACAUUACAAAAGAAUUUAUCAGCAAAAAGAAAACAAAAGGUAAAUAUGGAAGUUUCGGAAACUUCACACAAAAGUCCAGAUCUACUUGUUAUAAUAAUUCUAAUAAUAUUGACAACAUUAGUAAUCCUCAUUUAUGAAUACAUAAAUAAUAAGAGAUAUGAGGAUUCUAAAGCUGCACAGAAGUAUAGAAAUAAAUGACGAUUGUAUGUUUAAAAUUAGUCUUCAUUUAUAUAAAGAACACAAUAUAAGAAGAAAAUUAUGAUGAAAAAUAUGUCUGUGUGGAACAUGA